UCUCAAUAUUUAAAUUUGUUCCCAACCCACUAUCUCACCUUUCCGCGUCCGUUUCCAAUUUCGAUCGCAAUACAAACAAACACACUCAUACAUACCUUUUUGUUGCCCCGGUGCCCGCUUGCACUUGCUUAUUACAAUUAUUCCACGGCUACAUUUGUUUCUUAUUUUUCAUCUGAAAUAAUAUUUUUCAAACUGUCAAAAUAGUGUCAAGAUCAACGAAAGAGGCGGCGCAAAGACGUUCGCAGAACGCCGCCGUCGUUCAUUUGAAUGCGGACGCAGAAGAAGAUGACUGUUUUCAUCGAAUACCAUAUGCAUCACUUAUUGGAUCAUUAUUAUGCAUUCUUGGAGUUAUUCUCUUUGCAAUUAUGAUGUCCUGGGCAUUUAAUGCAACUGCAGAGCAAGUCAGAAGAUCUCUGAAAAUAAAUGAUUGGCCAUGGCUUGACAAGGUUCAAGUUUUCUUUAUUGUAAUCGCAGUUUUAAUGGGACUAUUCUCACUUUUCUUCUUAUGCAUCGGAUUUACUGCAACUGGAGGAACAAGAGAAACUAUGUAUAAAGACGAUGAAGCUCGCUGUGGUGGAAAAUUUGCAUGCGUCAUCGCAAUGUUGAUCGAUUUCUUUCUAAUAAUUGCAUGGCUAUUCAUUAUUUCAAUUGUAUCUUGGCUUUGUAUAUUUUAUUAUUUCUUCGAUCGGCUCUGCAUGAAUCUUCCAGGAUAUACAGAUGGUGACUGUAUAGAUCUUCAUGUUUUCUGGCCAUUAGUUUCGUCCUUUGCCAACUCGAAUCUUCGAAUGUGCGGUGGAGAUGUGCAACAAUUCUGUGCACUUACCUCCACAGCAUUCUCUUGGUAUGUCAUCGGAUGGGUUGGAUGUGUUCUCAUCAUUCUUGGAGUUCUUUUAUUUUUUGGAAUUCAUGCAUCAAAUUAUGCACAUAUUGGAAAUGCUAACAGAUACGUUGAACUUGGCCAUCUUCGGAUAGUUGAACAUCGAGAACCAGGAGCAGAUCGAAAUUCUAAAAAUGCAAAUGGUCGGAAAGAUGUACGAUUGCCAGAAAAAUAUGAACUUCAAUCAACACAAUAUAGUGAUUCUCGUGCAAAUUAUUCAAUGAGAACCUCAACAAGCCGUCAAGCUGAGCACAUGUCUGAUUCUGUCAGUCAGUUCGAUUAUCGCAGGGAUAAAAGAUUAAAACCGGUUUACUAACUUUUAAAAAUCUCACGUUCAUAAUUAGGAUUUUGAAUUUUUUAAAAAUUAUUCCACGACAACAAUAAAUGCUUUUUAUU